AGAAAAGCAAACACUUAACGAGGAAGAAACAAACUCAUCUCUUCCACGCUGUUUUUAAUUGUGUUGUUAAUCAGAUCUCUCGAGAGAGUUUAAGACAAAGUGCCUUACUUUAGGUUCUGUUUCUCGUAACUUUCGUUUUUUUUCUUUGUGAGAUCACAUUCACCUUUUUAUGUAAAACUGUUGCAAAGUGUUCUGUCCGAGCAGGAGAUGAUGAGAUUCUCACUGCUUUUCUCGUCUCUGUUAGCUUCCACUUGUCUCUUCACUUCUUCAUCUGCUCAAUCCGCAGGUUUUGUGAGCUUAGAUUGUGGAGGUACAGAGCCAUUCACCGAUGAACUUGGACUUAACUGGACACCUGAUUCCCAUCUUCUCUACGGAGCAACCGCUAAGAUCUCUUCACUCAACGAAACAAAAACUCAAUACACAACUCUAAGACACUUCCCUGCCGAUUCAAGAAAAUACUGCUACACCCUCAACGUCACAAGCAGGAACCGUUACCUCGUGAGAGCCACUUUCCUUUACGGCAACUUUGAUAGCAACAAUGUGUAUCCCAAAUUCGAUAUCUCCCUUGGAGCAACUCAUUGGACGACCAUUGUUAUCUCCGAAGCCGCCACCAUUGAAACAGCAGAGCUUGUGUUUCUGGCUUCUAGUCCUAGUGUUAGUGUUUGUUUAUCCAAUGCCACGACAGGGCAGCCGUUUAUAUCCACUCUUGAGCUUAGACAGUUGAAUGGUUCGAUGUAUCUCACUGAGUAUGAAGACAGGUUUCAUCUCAGUGUUGCUGCGCGGAUAAACUUCGGUGCAGAAACUGAAGCUCCUGUGAGGUAUCCGGAUGAUCCUUAUGAUAGAAUAUGGGAAUCUGAUUUGCUAAAGAAAGCUAACUACCUUGUGGAUGUUGCUGCUGGUACCAUGAGAGUGUCCACCACCUCACCUAUAGACAACGGUGCCGUGAUGGAAAAACCGCCACAGAAGGUUAUGCAGACAGCUGUGGUGGGUACAAACGGGUCUUUAACUUACAGGAUGAAUCUUGAAGGCUUCCCUGGUAACGGUUGGGCGUUCACAUACUUUGCUGAGAUAGAGGAUUUGGCUGAAGAUGAGUCAAGGAAGUUCAGGUUGAUUCUACCUGAUCAUCCUGAUUAUAGCAAAGCUAUUGUUGACGUCAAGGAGAACACUCAGAGAGCGUUCAAGGUUUAUGAGCCUGGUUAUAAAAACAUAAGCCUUCCUUAUGUGUUAAACUUUCGGUUCGCUAAAACGGCUGAUUCUUCUAGAGGACCUAUUCUGAAUGCUAUGGAGAUUAGUAAGUACCUGCAGAAGAGUGAUGGUUCUGUUGAUGCAACUGUUAUGGCUAAUGUGGCAUUGAGAUAUUCUUCAACUGUAUGGGGUCAAGAAGGUGGUGACCCAUGUUUGCCAUCACCGUGGUCGUGGGUGACUUGCAGUUCUGAUCCACAGCCAAGAGUUGUUGCUUUGAAGCUGUCUAAUAUGAACUUGACGGGAGAUAUACCUUCUGAACUGACGCAGUUGACUGGUUUGGUUGAGUUAAUGCUUGAUGGGAACUCUUUGACAGGUUCAAUACCGGACUUCUCUAGAUGUCUGAACCUGAAGAUAAUUCACAUGGAGAACAACCGAAUAUCUGGAAAGAUCCCUUCCUCAUUGGCUAAACUCCCAAAUCUGACAGAACUGUACUUGCAGAACAAUUUGUUAACGGGGAAAAUACCAUCAGGCCUGACCAAAGACGUGAUCUCAAACUUCUCUGGGAACAUUAAUCUUCAUGAACGUGGAGAUAAAGGGAAGAAGCUUGGUGUCAUCAUUGGUGCAUCAGUUGGUGCCCUUGUUCUGCUAAUCGUCACCAUCAUCUCUCUCGUGUGCAUGUGCAAACUGAAGAAGGACAACAAGAUGAGGAAAACUUCAGCAGAGUUAACAACUCGUCCCCCACAUGUUCAAAGAGCAUCAUCUACCUUGAGUGAAGCUCAUGGAGACGCUGCACAUUGCUUCACACUCUAUGAGAUUGAGGAAGCAACAAACAAGUUUGAGAAGAGGAUAGGGUCAGGAGGUUUUGGAAUUGUGUAUUAUGGUUUAACAAAAGAGGGGAAAGAGAUUGCUGUGAAAGUUCUUGCUAAUAACUCAUACCAGGGGAAGAGAGAGUUCGCUAACGAGGUUACGUUACUCUCAAGGAUACAUCAUAGAAACCUUGUGCAGUUUCUUGGUUAUUGCCAAGAAGAGGGAAGAAACAUGCUCGUGUAUGAGUUCAUGCAUAACGGGACUUUGAAAGAGCAUCUUUACGGUGUGGUACCACGAGACCGGAGAAUCAGUUGGAUUAAACGGCUUGAGAUAGCUGAAGAUGCCGCACGAGGGAUCGAGUAUCUUCACACAGGGUGUGUUCCAGCGAUCAUACACAGGGAUCUCAAGACAAGUAACAUCUUACUUGAUAAACACAUGAGAGCAAAGGUUUCAGAUUUCGGUUUGUCGAAACUGGCUGUUGAUGGAACCUCACAUGUCUCCAGCAUUGUCCGUGGCACAGUUGGAUAUCUAGACCCUGAGUACUACAUAUCACAACAGUUAACGGAGAAGAGUGACGUAUACAGCUUUGGAGUCAUUCUUCUUGAACUUAUAUCAGGACAAGAAGCCAUAUCAAAUGAAAACUUCGGUGCCAACUGCAGGAACAUUGUCCAAUGGGCCAAGAUGCAUAUAGACAACGGGGACAUAAGAGGGAUCAUAGAUCCAGCACUAGCGGAAGACGACUACAGUCUCCAGUCAAUGUGGAAGAUCGCAGAGAAGGCGUUGCUGUGUGUGAAACCACACGGGAACAUGAGACCGUCCAUGUCCGAGGUGCAGAAGGAUAUACAAGACGCGAUAAGGAUGGAGAAGGAAGCUUUGGUCGGGAGAGGAGGGAUGUCGGAUGAGUUCUCAAGAAGCUCAGCGCAUUCGUCAUCGUUCAACAUGGGAAUGCGUGAGAACUAUGUCUCUAUUGAUGAGUCUGUCUUGACGCCAUCAGCUAGGUAGUAGAGGAUUCGGGUUUUGUAUAGAAUGCAUGAUGCUUGCACUCUCCUUAUGUGCUUUCACGUUGUCUCUGGUCUUUCUUUUUUUUAGUAGUUUUUAGUUUUUGAGGGUAAAAAACACUAUGUUUUUGGAGACUCGAGCUUGCAAGAAAUGCUUCGAGCUAGAUUUUAUUUAUAUCCUUAGAAAUAUUUGUUUGGGAUUGUGAAAUAUAUUUAAGUUGUUAUUUUUCGAUAUUUCAAUUUUUUCUGAUUUGUUUUUGUUGGAAAAUUGGACCUCCUACACGAAAUUAGUUGUCUUCUU